AUGCCAGACGCAUACAGCCGCGCUGAGAUAUUAAAGCAGAUGGUGCGUGAUGAGAUAAGGCAGGAUCAAGAAGCUUUCCUCCAAGAGAUGGGGGUACCGGAGAUAAAGGAUCAGUCAGCGGAGUUAAACUUUAACUACGAUAUUGUAACAGAAGUGAAUAAGAAUGAUCGUAUAACUCCUAUAAUGCACGAUGAACCUAAGAUUGAAAAGACAAAGCUUGAACAUACUGUGUCUACCUCGACUACGAUAAAAGCAACUUCCAGAAAAAACGUUGAGGAAUUUAAUUUGAAACCUUUAAGGACGAAUAUCAAGAAGAAAAAGAAGAAUCUCUUGCGAGCGAGGAAGCCGGCAGAGAUCUUCUAUCGCAGAGAACUGGAUCACAGCCUCAACUAUCCCAUCCAUGAAGUUCAUUGCUUGGACCUUCUUUCACCCUAUCUGAUGGGAGAAAAGGGAAAUGGAACAUUUAAAGUUAUAAAAUCAACCGAUCGAACUGUUUUAAGAGUUCUACAGUUGAUAUCCGAAGACACAUCGACCAUCACAAAAGACGAGAUCUACUCAAUUCUGUACCAGAUUAGUACCAUCAAUAUAAGAUUGUACCAAUGGGACGACCGAGCUAUGAGACUUUUAUUUAACCAAAUCAUACAAGGCUCAACUAGAACAUCUUCAGGUACAAGAUACCCAAAGCUGACGACUCCGAAAAAAAUUUGUCCACCAUCAGAAGACGAUUGUGAUUAA